CAAAAAAAAGAAGUCUUUGUGUUUAACCUUGCCGUUGCAGCGGAGAACCGAAGAGAAAUGAGGGCACACCAGAGUGUUUUUUCCAUGAGAAAGGAGCUAGCGUAAAUUUCUUCCUUAUCAGGGACAAAUUGUGACUUCAAGGUUGUUCAUAGGGUUCUUACCUUUCUAGCUUCUUACCUUUCUCUUUUUAACUAUUUUUCUAUGAACAUGAACCCUAUGCAAAAGAAUAAAAGCACAAAAGCUGCAUCAAAACUGGUCCGAAGGGCAAAAACCAAAAAGAGGAAGGGUAUAGGAGCAAAUGAUGCUCAAGUAGCUGAAACCUCAUCAGAAUUUUCAUUUGCUAUAGCCAAAUUUGCAGUUGCUCAGAUCUGCCAAUCAGUUGGAUUCAAAACAACCAAAUACAAUGCUCUUGAAGCAUUAACUAAUGUUUCCACAAGAUAUCUGGAAACAAUUGUGAGAUCAGCUGCCUCUUUUGCUAAUGCCUCCAAUCGUACCGACUCCAACCUCUCUGACCUCAUUAAUGGCAUUCAUGAUUUGAUCUCUGUUCAAGGAUUUCCUGGUGGUUCACUUAUGCACGAAGGUAACCUGUUGAGGUCUUCAGCUCUAAAAGAUAUUAUGAAUUUUGCAGACCUAUCUAAUAAAGUUCCAUUUGCUAAACCAAUUCCUUUAAGAGAUGUUUCUGAAGCAACCAUUGACUCUAGUACGUCAACGUGUUUCUUUAAUCCAGAAGCAAAAACUCACAUACCAAGUUGGCUCCCACGUUUUCCUAAGGAAAACUGUGAUCAGGUUUUGGUUAAGGGGAGGAAAUGUGGUGAGAAAUUGUGGGAGCAUUCACUUUCUAGGGAGGAAAACAGUGGCAUAUUGCAGAGCAAUGGAUUUUGUGGAAAAGAAGAGAAAGACACAAGGAUGGAAUUGCCAAAGAAAAGAGAAAGAAUGAAGUUUAAAAUUAGAGGGGAGGAGGAGCACAUUGGAUUGGGUGUGAAUAUGAUGAAUGGCGUUUGUAAAGGAAGGAAACGAGUGUCUUGGAAUAGUCAUAAAAUAUAUUGUAUGGUUGAGGGAAAUGAAGAUGGAAAAAGAUAACACGGUUGUUAUGGAGAUGAAAUGAUGUUUGUAACUUUUGUGUUAGCUUGAAAUAUGAAAGACACGAUAUGAAAAGAAAUGAAAAUUUAGUGCAGCCAUUCAGAGUUUUGUUCACCAUGGAAUGCGAUCCAUUUCGGGGAUUGUGGCUUGAUUUAGAAACUUAUCCCCCAAAAAAAAUGAUUUGCUUGAAAAUUCUU